GUGCAACGAAAAAGAAGUUUGGUGUUGGAUUUUGGAUCGUUGGAUGGUUGUUUUCUGUCUUGUAAUAAAUUUGUAAUGUGUACAUUUCAUUUUUGUUGAACUAUGAAACUGAAUUCUUUGCAAAAUAACCAACGUGAUGUGAUUUUUGUUUUAAAAAAAUCAACUUUCAGUUAAAGAUAAAAAGUUAUUUCUUAUAAUCAAUAAAACAAUGGUCAAAUAAACACAUAAAACCUAAAAGACCUCGAGAAUCCACUAAAUUCUUUGGAUUAGGAACGGACAGAAGAAGAAGAGCUUGUGUUACAUAUUUUUAGCGAGGAGAAGAAGAACAAGAAGAAAUGGCUGCUACCCCAGUUGAGAUAGAUGAAUUCCUUAAUGGGGCACUUGUAUCUUGGCUGGAAUCAUGUUUACCAAGGCCAGAAAUUCUAUCCGGAUAUGGUUCCCUUCUUGAUGGCAGCAUUAUCCAUAGUGUUUGGCUUCAAAUAGACCCGGAGCCGCAAAAUCAUCCAGCUGAGCUGAAUGGUUUAACUGGUGCGUCGCUUUGUAUUGCCAGAGCACGAAACUUUGAGUGCAUUGUGCGAAAUCUAAAAUCUCUCUUCGAAGAAGAAUUCGGUCAGACAAUAUUAGCCCUACCCGAUUCUUACACCAUAGGCUUUAAUCCUGAAUCUAAACAUGGUUUGGAACAGAUGAAAGUUUUAUUGACGCUACUGCUUGGCGCUGCAGUUCAGUGUCCCAAUAAAGAACUAUUUAUAGGUCGAAUAAAAGAACUCGAUGUGGAUACCCAACAUGCAAUUGUUGAGCUGAUUAAACAGGUCACUGAUAAUCAUAGCUUGGUACUAACUGAGGAAUCUAUUGAUUUGCUAACCCCCGCAGAUAUGUACACCCAUAUAUUGCGUUUAACAAAAGAACGUGAUGCUAUGUACAUGAAAUGGAUAUCAGCCGUUGCAACUGAACCCGAGUCGAAUGGCACUGAUAGUUCUCAGAAUAUUCCACUAUCGCCGGCAAGCGGAAUGACUACAUCACCUUCAUCGAGCUCAGAGAGUAAUCACAUGGCUGUUGAAUUGGCCGACCUUAAGUCAAAAUUAAGAAAACUACGUCAAGAAUUGGAAGAAAAAUCGGAAGCUUUCCUCGAGGCGAAGGAGGAACUCGAACACAAGAGUGCGCAACAUGAAAAACUUAGAACAGAGAGUCAGGAAUGGUAUUCUGAAGCCAAAAGAGCAUCGGCUUACAGAGAUGAAGUUGAUGUUUUGCGAGAACGUGCUGAUCGAGCUGAUCGACUCGAAAUCGAAGUCCAGAAGUUCAAGGAAAAACUUACCGAUGCUGAAUUCUACAAAACUAGAGUCGAAGAACUACGAGAAGACAAUCGAAUGCUUUUAGAAACAAAGGAAAUGCUUGAAGACCAAUUGCAACGUUCACGCAAACGUAGUGAACAUGUUAUGACCCUCGAAUCGGAAAUAAUAAAAUAUAAGCAAAAACUAAACGACAUGGCUCUGGAACGGGAUGUUGAUCGUACGAAGCUAGAGGAACUACUCGAGGAGAAUACACAGUUGCAGUUGGUUGCGAAAAACCUAAACACAAGUCAAGAUAUUGAUAAAUCACUAUCAGAAAACGAAGACGAUUGCAAUUCUGGAGACAACAGUCUUUCUGAACAGUUAACAAAUAAUGCCCAGACAAGAGCUCUUAAACUUGAAUUGGAAAAUCGACGCCUGCUAGCAGCGCUCGAUCAACUUAAAGAGUCAUCCUUCCAUGAAUCGACAAAUAAAAUUCUUGAAUUGGAAAAAGAGAAAAAGAAAUUAUCCCUGAAAAUCGAACAAAUGCAAGAAAACAUCAAUCGUCUGUCUCAACAGAACAAAGAGCUGGAGGAUGUUUUCAAGAACGCUUUGGAAGAGAACAAAAAACUCCAAGACACCAUAGAUUCACGGCAGAAAUCAUAUGAGAGGCAAAGUCAAGAACGGGACGUUGAUCGUAGUAAAAUGGUUGACUUGGAGAAGCAUGUAGAAACACUGAACAAAGAAAAGCAAAGAAUUCAAACGCUAAACGAAAGCAUACAACGAAGAGCCGACGAUAUGGAACGUUUGAUUGAAACUAAAUCAAAAGAAGUGGAACAACUUAAGAGCAGAACAACUGAAUUGGAAGCUGCUCGCAACCAAUUGUACGAUCUGGAGUCUAAAGUUUCUGCAUUGGAUCGUGAAAACGCAAGCUUAAUCAAAGAAGUCUCUAAGUUAAAGGAAAAUCUCGAAGAGAAGGCUGUUCAAUUGGACGAGAAAAUCUUGAUAGGGGAAUGUCAAUCGAAGGAAGUAAAGAGACUCACCAGGGAUCUUGAGGAAUCUGCUCAAGCUCAAAUGAAAAUAUUGGAAUUAGAAAAGCUAAAUCAAGAUCUAGUGUCUCAGCGUGAAAUUGACUUGCAGACAAUAGAUACAUUACGCAAUGAUCUUGUAUCAGGAACAUUGGCCACAAACAAAGUUAAACACAAUUUGGAAAAAUUGGGGCUAGAUAAUUCCGAAAUUGAACAUUCUGAAAUAAAUGUGGAAAAUGUUGUUGAGAAGUUGGUGAGAAAUCCGGAAACCUUCAAGACUGUCCGAGAAAUAAUGCUGAAUGUGACAAGGCAGCAAAAUUCCAAAUCGGAUAUGUGUGUUCUUUGUCAUAGGAAAGAGAUAUUCACCGUCGAGAAGAAUAUCGAGAUAACUGGCGAAUUUGAUGAACCCUAUAGCAUACAACAUUCUAUUAAACUCGCCGUGCCAGAGGAGACAUCACGGCUUCAAGAGAACAUUGCACAGUUGAAUACUUUGAACUCUUCGCUGCAGAUUACAAACGAAGGUCUGCAGGCAGAAAACGCUCGAUUGAAUGUGGACGUUGCUACUCUAGGUUCUCAGAUAACUUCGCUCAACACUCAACAUGUAGCCUUGCAACUGGCCAAUUCCCAACUAGCGGCCGAUAAAGAUUUGCUUUUAAAACAGCUGGAAACUCUUAAACAUGAGCACAAGAAUCUACUCAAUGAUCAAGUGACCCUGCAGUGCUUGCAUGAUCAGCUCAAUGCAGAAUAUGAAUCGUUGAAUAAAGAUAAGGAGCAAAUAAAAGUGACUGUUCGGGAUGUGCGAAAUGAAAAUCGAGAGCUCAAAGAACGUUCGCAGAGUCUGGAGAAGCAAUUGGACGAAUUGAAAGCUCAAAAUGCUACAAUGAAAGCAAGUGUCGAUGACUUGGGUAUUUUACGCACAGAACACUCGAAACUAACUGAUGAUUUUCGAAGUUUGUUCGCCACUAGUGAUCGGUUUAAGAAUGAAUAUAAAAAUAUUCAGGAACAAUACAAAAUGAUUCGAGCUGAAAAUAGCCGACUUAAAUUACAAAAUACCGAAAUUUCUGGAGAGUCAAAUGCCAAAAGCGACCAAAUUAAGAGCAUGGAAGUUGAAUACACAAAAGCAAUGCAACGUUGUGAGAUGCUGCUACAAAUGAAUUCCGACUUGGACACGGAUCGCAAAACACUAAUGGACAAUGUUUCCCAACUACUUUCACAAUAUCACGAACUAUUAACGCAUUCGCUUGAAGACAAACAACAUUUCCAUGAAGAAGAGAAAAGUUAUACAGACAAAGUCAAUAAUUUAAAUCGACAAAAAGAAAAACUUGAAGAAAAAAUUAUGGAACAUUACAAAAAAUCAGAAAGUUGUGUUCCAAAAAAAAAAGCAUUUGCCAGUAAUUUGGUGCGUAGAGUUAAAAAAGCCAGUUCGGAUCUGAUGAACAUCGUUCCAAGCAGGAACCGUAGAUCGUGGGUUGACGACACUCGACUGACACAAUCACAAUUUGCUAUUGGUUCUGAAUCUGGUGGCAAUGAAUCAGAUAAUAGCAUAGAAGAGCCGAGCUCCAUUGUAUCCGAUACACCUCUGUUACAACGAAAUGUUGCAAUGCGUCAAAGUUUGCAAAGAAAACCGAGUGAUUUGAUGGAUAGUUCAAUAACACGUGGUGGAUUCCGAAGUAGUUUACAGUCGCAAAAACGGAGCGACUUGAGUAGUUCUCGUAGAAAUAGUGUACACGGGCUUGAAGCACCCGAUGUAACAGGAAGCAGCCUAACUCUCGGCACCGCUGGCAGCCGCAGAACGGUAUACCUGAUUGAUGAAAAUCAAAAAAUAGCCGAUUCCACACAAUCACCUUCACCCAACACAUCCGAAGCUCAAACCCCAACAAACAAUGUUAAUUCCUCACAAACAAACGAUAAUCCGUCCACAUUUCUUAUGUAUAAUCGAAUAAACACCAUGAUUGGCCCGACUACCGAUAGUGCAACGAAUGACAGCCCUAACGCCGGCAGUGGAUGCGGCAGCAGCAGCGGGGCAGCUCCUAGUGGAAAUACCGCUGCCGAUGAUAAACUACUGCCCCGUAAAAGACCCGAAGACAAAAGCAAUAGUAUUUGGUAUGAAUACGGUUGCGUAUGAUGAGAAUCCUUUAUCUGCAUUCAAUUAAUUGCAGAUAGUUAUUUAUUACCUUCUAUACCGAAUAAGUGCCCGCUUAGGGAAAUUGCCUUAAAUUUAAACUAAUCUUAAGCUUUAACCAUUUUUGUAUUUUAUUUUUGUUUAAAGAAGAAAAAAGUCUUUCGAAGCAUAUCCAGUGACUUGAUAAACAAACCUACUUGUAAGCAAAUUGCGAUAAUAAGAGUAUACGUACACACAAAUGUUUGUAUAAUGCCGAAUUUAUGUUUUAAUAAUUUGCAGUGCUUAAAUUUGUAAGAUAUAAUAUUAGUUUAUAAAUAUGAUGCUGAUGAUGAUGUUGAUGUAUUAUUUUUUAAGCAAAGAAUGUUUUAUUCUUUGUUCCAGUUGCGUAUUUUACAAAUCGAAUAAAUCAUUAAAAUUAUUUUUAAAUAAAACUUAAUGAGGAUCAGUCCUCCACUUGUUCUUGUUCUUGGCAAAGCGCCAAUGUCAGAAGUAACUUUGAAAUGCAUUUAUCUAUGUUUUCUUUUUUAUUUUAUUUAAUUUUGUUUUUUUUUCAAUAAAGAAUGAGCCAAAUGUC